ACUGACCUACUGCAGCGCGGCGGAACACCGCAGCAGUCCCGGUGCGAGUCGUAAUAACGUCAGAUCAUAACGUAGAAAUUACAAGUCCGACACAAACAAUCCACUCUUUGAGACAGUGAUUUGUUCCCUAAUUGCUCUCCUUAUCUCCACGGAGGUGGACGUGGUGUCUUGCCCUGGAACGACCCUGGGUUAUCAGCUGAUAGGCCGUAUCCGGGCUCCGUGAUGUGGUUUUUCACCAGACACCGCAGCGACGCCGAUACCCAGGAGGCCGCCACCAUGAGAGGAACGCCUUCGCCUGCAGAGCUGCAGGAUAUCAUCGUCACAGUUCGGAACAUGGUUCAAGAUGAACAGAGUCAGGGACUGAAGUGCUCUACCACUGAUGAGUUUCUCCUGAGGUUUAUCAAAGCCAGCCAUUACAAUGAACAGACAUCCUUCCACUUGAUUAAGAGAUACUUCAAGGCAAAAAUCGAGAACCCAGAAGCAUUUAUAGUACAAAGUCCUGCCGAAAAUAUCAAGAUGCUCCAAAGAAAAGAUCUUGGGCUUCCUUUAAAAGACCGAGACAAAUGUGGAAGAAGAGUGAUGAAUAUCAAAUUCGGGAAGUUGGACCCUGGCAAAGAGAGCUGGACAAGUGUGAUUCAAUCUACAAUGAUGAUCCUGGAAGCGUUUUCUCUGGAAGAAGAUGUUCAAGACAAUGGAGUGGCAUUAAUACUUGACUGUACGCAUUUUUCAUUGAAGAUAAUGAAGUGGGCGACUCCUCAUAAAAUACGUACAGUUUUAGGAUUUUUCCAAGAUUGCAUACCAUUGAGAUUUGAAGCUAUCCACAUAGUCAACUAUCCUUAUAUAUUUAAUGUAUUUGCUUCAGCCCUAAAACCCUUCAUGAAUGAAGAAACAAAGAGAAAGCUAAUAUGGCACAGUGACUUAUCUUCCAUUGAGCAAUACAUUGAGAAAGUUUCCUUACCUGGAGACCUAGGAGGACAAUUAAAGCCUGAGGAGGUUGAAGACUGGUAUAAAAUGGUGUUAGAAAAGGAGGAAAUAUUUACAGAAUUUAGAAAAAUGGGAUAUUCUCAGUGAUUACACCAGGACAUGUAGGCAUUUUGUGAUAAAACUCCAGUGUCCGUAAAAUGUUACAGUUUUGUAAAAAUAAACUCAGCACAAUUUACAAAAGCAGUGGGAGUUUGCUUUAAUGUGCUGUACCACACGAUUCUUCUGAACAGAAUGGACAAUUACAUGUAACAAAAACAAAUAAUACCAAGAUGAAAGUUGAUCUUAAACAUUUAUUUUCUUUAUAUUGUUUAUAAAAUAUUUUAAGUACUUAUAAGAACAUAAAUUGUGCCAACUGUAUUUAGUACAGAAUUUGGUUUUAAACCGUGUGUAAUUUUAAUUUUAAUGUGUUAGCUCUCCAUCAUUUAUUGUGAAACAGAGGUUAAGUUAAUUUUAAAUGAUUUUUGUUUAUAAUUCAAACCUUUUAAAAUUGAUUGCAAAUGGCAUUUUGUUGUAUAUAAAUAAAGAAAAACAACAGAUUAAAAAAAUAUAAAAAUA